AUGGAUUUUGCGUUGGAACGAUUGAACAAGAAUUCCAAAACACGUUUCGUCCUCGAGGAACAUAAUCGUUCUAGUUCAAAUGGCAUUUAUAUCAAUGGUGAUAAAAAAAAGUGUGAACAUACAGUCAAAUUACAUGAGAAUGAUAUUAUUGGGAUUGGUUGCCCUGAAAUUGAUUUAAAUAAUGAAGGAUUGUAUGUUUUUAAAGUUUGCAUCAUUAAGUCACCUAUCCUUUAUGAGGAAGAAGAAAUUAAUAUCUUAUCAGAGACAGUUUCAAAUAAUGAUACACCACAAGAAAACAUACCUCAUGUAAUUCAUGAUUUUAAAAAAAGAUGCGGAUCUAAUUUAAGUUGUGAUAUGACAGUACCUAAUAAAAAACCAAAUGUUAUGUGUAAUAAUAUACUUGCAUAUGAUUCUAGUUCUUCAAAAGGUUUUGAGUCUAAUUUAUCUCAUGAAAAUCAGAUUCUUUAUAACAGCAAUACUACUAAUAAUUUAGAAAUCAGACAUGUAACAAAUAUAAGUGCAGAUGAUGAUAUUGAAAUAAUACAUGCAUCGCUAGCAAAAGAUGUAGGGAAGAACACUAUGACAUACGAUUUGAAAUCUACAAAGUAUUUAAAUGGCAAUAAAUCAGAUUUUGUUGACAAAAUUGAUGUUUCUGGUGUUGAGAGUAGCAACAGAGGUGAUGUUAAUAAUAAAGAGAAUUCAGAGUUUGUACAUAAAGCAGAUCAAACUAAAUAUGAAAGUGAAUUACAAAUAACAGAUGAUGAAGGAACAGACAUAUCUAAACGCGAUGUAACUUGCAACAAACCACGGAUUAAAAAAAUAAAACAUGAACCGAAAAUGCAAUUUUCGGAGAUUGAUGUUGUCGAUUUAAGUGACAAUGAAGAAGGAGUAUUUCCAUAUUCCCAAUUAUUUGAUAUCAAAUAUGACGGUAAUAUAGAGAAUAAGAGAGAAAUAAAACAGGAAUGUACCAAUGAUGAUGAACCAAACACUGAAAAAAUUGGUCUGCUAAAUAUCGACGACGAGAUCAUUAUUUUAACAGACAGCGAAGAUGAAGAUAAUCCGUGGUUGGAACGAUUAUCUAGAAGUCAGUUACUCAACGAAGAUAUAAAACCUGUUUUGUAUGAUUCGGUUAUAAAGGAUGAAAUUGAUUUAGGUAUUUGGGAUGAUGAAUUUUCGAAUAUCGAAUCGUCUGAGAUACCGUGUAUUUCCCAGAUUUCUUGUAAUAAAGAAACACCUUGUAAUAAAGAAAUAUCUUGUGAUAAAGAAAUACCUUUUGAAUCACGUACAAGUGUCAUUGUUUUUAAUUCCAAAAUUAAAAACAAAGAAAAUAAUUAUAAUACUAAUUUACCAACCCCAAAAGUGGAUGCGAUGGAUGUAGACGAUGUAGGCGUUUCUAAUAAUUCCAGUACGAGACAUAUUAAUAAAAGCAAACAAAUUAGUGAUAUCAAUACUAAUAAAAAUAAGGAACUGGAAACACAUGCCGAACAAGAUCUAGAACUAAAUAAACAUACAAUAGAAGGAGUAAAACAAAAAUUAACUCCACCGACCACAGAAGUAGGUAUGAUGGUUGUAGUCGAGGCAGGUGCUUCUAAUAAUCUUAGCACAAGAGGUAUUGAUGCAAACAAAUCAAUUAAUGAUGUCAAUAUUAAUGUUAUAAAGAAAAAGACAACACAUACGAAACAAGAUCUAGAACUAAAUAAACAAACAAUAAAAGGUAUAAAACAAAAAUUAAUUAUCCCGACCACAGAAGUAGGUACGAUGGAUAUAGACGAGGCAAGUGCUUCUAAUGACUUUAGUACAGGAAAUAUUUAUGAAAACAAAGAAAUUAAUGAUAGAAAAGUUAAUAUUAAAAAGAAAACAAAUGCGAAACAAUAUUUAGAGUUCUUAAAACAAACAAAUUUAAAACAAAAAUCAGUUUCACCGACCACAAAAGUAGAUGCGAUGGAUAUAGACGAGGCAAGUGUUUCUAAUGACUUUAGUACAGGAAAUAUUUAUGAAAACAAAGAAAUUAAUGAUAGAAAAAUUAAUAUUAAAAAGAAAACAGAUGCGAAACAAUGUUUAGAGUUCUUAAAACAAACAAAAAAUUUAAAACAAAAAUCAGUUUCACCGACCACAAAAGUAGAUGCGAUGGAUAUAGACGAGGCAAGUGUUUCUAAUGACUUUAGUACAGGAAAUAUUUAUGAAAACAAAGAAAUUAAUGAUAGAAAAAUUAAUAUUAAAAAGAAAACAGAUGCGAAAGAAUGUUUAGAGUUCUUAAAUCAAACAAAAAGUUUAAAACAAAAAUCAGUUUCACCGACCACAAAAGUAGAUGCGAUGGAUAUAGACGAGGCAAGUCCUUCUAAUAAUCGUAAUAUUAGAGAUGUUAAUAGAAGCAAACGUAUUACUGAUAUCAAUAUUGAUGACAAAAAGAAAACAGAUACGAAACAAGAUAUAAAAUUACCUAAACAAACAGAAUUGGUAAAACAAAAAAUAAUUACACCGACCAUAGAACUGAAAGCGAUGGACAUAGAUGAGCUAAGCUCUUCUAAUGAUCUUAAUAGUAAUAUUAAUAGAAGCAAACAGAUUACUGAUACCAAUAUUGAUAAAAAUAAACAGAAAACAAGUAUGAAGCAAGAUGUACAGAAAAAUGAGCAAACGUUAGAAAGUAUAAAACAAAAAUUAUCUGCAAAAUCCCCAAAAAGACAGAUUUCGAUAAUAGAACCAUUAAAUUUACCUACAAGAAGAAGACGACCUGAUUAUAACAAAGACAAAGCAACAAAAGUACAAGAAAUUUCACAAUCAAGAAUAACAAAAGAAAAGCGCGUGUCGGAAUUAACAGAAAGGCUUAACAAUAAUCUCUGUAGUAAGGAACAAAAAAAGAGUAUGGACCGCAAAGAAAAAUCUAAAGCAGUAACUGACAGUUCCUCGUUAAGUGAAAUAAAAUCUGGAUCAAUUUCUAAGGAUGAAAAAAAGAAAAUUAUCGAACAGAGAAAGAUGAAAUUGAAGGAGAUUGCUGUAGAAAAGAAACUAGCCGCUGAAAACGACCAAAGCAUGAAACGUAGGAAUAAAGCGAGAGCUAAAAUAUCCUUCAAAACUCGUGGUGAUUUUCUUACUGAACAAGAACCACGAGUAUCUAAAUCGCUUCCAGAUAAAUCUACAGAAUUGCUAAAAUCUAAGAAGCAGUCAAUAAAUGUAACUAAUGUAUUAAAAGAAUCCACAAUUUCCGACAAGAAAACACAGAAAAAUAAAAAAACAGACUUUUUUAAGGAUACAGUAAAUAACAUUGCUGCAUCAUUGCAACAAUCCUUAUAUUUAAAUAAUAUAAAAACUGCAUCUGAGAAAAAUACACUGGAUUGUGUAGCGACCAAUGAUAAUAAAAAGCAAUGUAGUAGUAGCAAGCAUAUAAAAAAGAGCAACAUUGAUAUAGAUCCCACUGUUAAAGUGUCAGAAUUGCAAGAUAAAUCAACUAAAUCUAGUUCUGUAGUACAAAAAGAAAAUUUUGCACCAAACAGUUCGAAAUCGGAGCUUUUAAAGUCAAGCAUAAGAUCGACAAUAAAAAUGAAGAUAAAUAAAAAAGUGACCUUUUCUGACAAAUUCGAAAUACACGAGUACGAUAUCGACCCAGGCAAUACUUUAAACAAAUUGGGAGGAAAAGAUGCACCUAUACCUACAAAUAAAUUAAUAAAACCUGUAACUUAUACAGAUUGGAGCCCGAGGAGAUUGGAGGAGUUCCUACUUUGCAUUUUUAUGUGGAAUCCUGUGUGGCUCGAAGAGCAGCGCUAUCUAAAAAGCGAACCACCAAUAAUGUUAGGUGAACUUCAGGCUAUGAGACUUUCUUACGAUUCUUAUAAACAGUAUUAUGAUGUCGCGAUGCCUCUUCUAUUACUCGAGAUAUGGUGUGUCAUGACUAAAGAUUUCGAAAUGGUUGAGAAGAAUAUGCAGCGUACUACCGUAAUGUGCUCUAUAGUUGAGAAUUCUAUUACGCAAACCCCUAUACCGUCGACUAAUUUAUUCUUGUCGACGCUGACUCUUCAAGUGCUAGUCAAUAAAGAAGAUCUAAAUAAUCAAAGAUAUCCUAUUUACGGAGAUCUGACAUACUUUGAGUAUGUCCAAAAUGAACAUGGUAAACAAACUUUUCACAAGAUAUUCGCAUACGUUACCAACAUGCAAUAUAUUGUUAUCACAGACUCCACGUCUUAUAACAGAGAUUUACAGAAAUAUGUAAAAAAUCCAUAUACAAUUAUAAUGUACACCGUAUUGACACGACCUCUUAAACAUAUCAUCGUAAAUAGAGUGCAAAGAUUUCGAACGGUCACGUAUUUGCGAUCAAAUAUCAGAAUGGUGCAAGCAUUACAAUAUCUCCCUAAUUCGUCCCUGUCAAAGUUAAUUGUGAAUCCGAAGAUUGAAGACUAUCAAUUACCACCACUAGAUGAACACUUUAUGUCUUCUUCACUAGUAACAAAAGAUGAUUUAAAUCCGAAACAAUUAGAGGCUGUAUUUCGAGUGACGAAUACUGUGCUAAAAAAAGAGGCCAAACUGUGUUUUAUUCAAGGUCCACCGGGGACGGGCAAAUCUAAAGUUAUUGUAAAUCUAGUAACUCAAAUAUUAUAUGGAUGUCAAGACAAAAAAUCUUUAAGAAUUCUGGUUUGCGCACCGUCUAACGCUGCUAUUGAUGAAAUCGUAAAAAGGCUUCUUAAUGUUAGGUCUAGCCUAAAACAAAAACGUUUUAAUAUGGUACGCAUUGGUCGAUUAGAGUCUAUGCAUCCAUUGGCCAAAGACAUUUCUGUAUCACAAAUAGCGAAACGCCACCUAACAAAUAUAGGUAAACAAGUAACAACGGAUAACUGUAUUGAAGAUCUAUCAAGUUUACUGGCGCGUAUUAAUUCGGUUAAAACCGAACUUGAAAACAUCCAAAAUAUACAUGAAGAAAAAAGGUAUUCACUCAAUAGGCAACUAUUUGAAACACAGGUAAAAUACGCACUUAUGAAAUUUAAUAAUAAAUCGAUAGACAAUAUCAAUCCAAAGGAGCGCGCCAAAUACCAGCGUAUGUCGGAAAACAUAGUUCUUCAGGGUGCCAAUAUAAUUGCCUGUACACUUUCGUCUUGUUACACUAAUCAAAUGGAAUCGCUUUUUGGUGGUCACAAGGAAAGGAUAUCUGUAUGCAUUGUUGAUGAGGCAACACAGAGCUGCGAAGCAGAGACUUUGAUACCGUUGAUGUUGGGAGUGAAUACAUUAGUUCUAGUGGGUGAUCCGAAUCAACUACCAGCAACCAUUCUAAGUCAGCGAGCGAAGAAGUUAGGAUUAGAUCAAUCAGUAUUUUCUAGGAUACAAAACAUCUUCGAGUCUCAAUCAAAUAGUCCAAUUAUAAUGUUGAACAUGCAGUAUCGUAUGGAAUAUGCGAUUUCGUAUUGGCCUAAUAGAUACUUCUAUGGUGGUAAAUUGAAGAACGCUACCGAUUAUAGAAUGAAAUUCCCAUUUCAUGCCUACAGAGUUUUGAAUCAUAACUUCACUCAGAACAAUGAUAAAUUUUCCAACACUACUGAAGCAGAAUUUGUGGCGAAUAUAAUUUAUACUAUGUUGACGUUUGCUAAAUGGGAGUCAACAAGUACCACUAUUACUCUUGGAGUUCUCACACCAUACAACAAUCAAAGAACUCUUGUACUAAAUAAAAUAAAUGAAAAGAUAUCUUCUGUACCGGAUGAUGUAAAAAAGAAAAUUACUUUUGAAGUUAAUACGGUCGACGGCUUUCAAGGUCAAGAGCGAGAUGUCAUAAUAAUGUCCUGUGUGAGAAGUAAUGGUAUUGGAUUUUUAUCAGAUAAACAAAGACUCUGUGUAGCACUUACAAGAGCUAAACAUAGUCUAAUAUUAUGUGGAAAUUUUAAUACUUUCAUGAAAGAUCGUAUGUGGAAGGCGUUGUUAACUGAUGCACGAAAUCGAGGAAUUUUAUGUCGUAUUGAUGCUAAUGCGACACCUAAUACAAUUAAAACGUAUAUUAUUAAAUAAAAAACUUAUUUGUAAACUGUUACUUAAUAUCUGCUGCCCUGACGCGGUACUACCCUAACUCCCGACAUGGUACUGCCCUGACCCCUG